CUGCGCGCUCGCCGCCGCGCUUUGGGCGGCCCGACCCGCGCCCGGACCUCGCGCGCCCCGCGCCGCACGCAGCCGGCUUUUGUUGUCUCGGUCGCCGCGGCCGGAGGAGCGCGAGCCGCGCGCCCCGGGACCUCGGCCCGGCCCUCGGCGGGCGGGGGCCGCGCAGGCCGGCCGCGACCCGGGCGAGGUGCGCGCGGGCGGCCGGGGCGCCGCCGGCCCCGCCAUGGAGCUCCGGGCCCGCGGCUGGUGGCUGCUCUGCGCGGCCGCCGCGCUCCUCGCCGGCGCCCGCGGGGACCCCGCGAGCAAGACGCGGAGCUGCGGCGAAGUCCGCCAGAUCUACGGGGCCAAGGGCUUCAGCCUCAGCGGCGUGCCCCAGGCGGAGAUCUCGGGCGAGCACCUGCGCAUCUGCCCCCAGGGCUACACCUGCUGCACCAGCGAGAUGGAGGAGAACCUGGCCAACCGCAGCCGCGCUGAGCUGGAGGCCGCGCUGCAGGACACCAGCCUCGCCCUGCAGGCCACGCUGGCCGCCCAGCUCCGUGGCGUGGACGACCACUUCCAGCAGCUGCUGAACGCGUCGGAGCGCGCCCUGCGGGACGCCUUCCCCGGCGCCUUCGCGGAGCUGUACACCCAGAACGCCCGCGCCUUCGGGGACCUGUACGCCGAGCUGCGCCUCUACUACCGGGGCGCCGGCCUGCACCUGGAGGAGACGCUGGCCGAGUUCUGGGCGCGGCUGCUGGAGCGCCUCUUCCGGCAGCUGCACCCCCGGCUGCUGCUGCCCGACGACUUCCUGGACUGCCUGGGCAAGCGGGCCGAGGCCCUGCGGCCCUUCGGGGACGCCCCGCGGGAGCUGCGCCUCCGGGCCACCCGCGCCUUCGUGGCCGCGCGCACCUUCGUGCAGGGCCUGGGCGUGGCCGGCGACGUGGUCCGGAAGGUGGCCCAGGUGCCCCUGGGCCCCGAGUGCUCCCGGGCCGUCAUGAAGCUGGUCUACUGUGCGCCCUGCCUGGGCGUCCCCGGCGCCCGGCCCUGCCCCGAUUAUUGCCAGAACGUGCUGAAGGGCUGCCUCGCCAACCAGGCCGACCUGGACGCCGAGUGGAGGAACCUCCUGGACUCCAUGGUGCUCAUCACGGACAAGUUCUGGGGCCCGUCGGGCGCGGAGGGCGUCAUCGGCAGCGUGCACGUGUGGCUGGCAGACGCCAUCAACGCGUUCCAGGACAACCAGGACGCGCUCACGGCCAAGGUCAUCCAGGGCUGCGGGAACCCCAAAGUCAAUCCUCAGAGCCCCGGGGCCGAGGAGACGCGGCGCCGGGGCAAGCUGGCACCGCAGGAGAAGCCCCCCGCGGGCACGCUGGAGAAGCUGGUCUCUGAGGCCAAGGCUCGGCUCCGGGACGUCCAGGACUUCUGGAUCGGCCUCCCGGGGACGCUGUGCGGCGAGAGGAUGGCCAUGAGCGCCGCCAGCGACGACCGCUGCUGGAACGGGAUGGCCAAGGGGCGGUACCUGCCCGAGGUGAUGGGCGACGGCCUGGCCAGCCAGAUCAACAACCCCGAGGUGGAGGUGGACAUCACCAAGCCGGACAUGACCAUCAGGCAGCAGAUCAUGCAGCUGAAGAUCAUGACCAACCGGCUGCGCGGCGCCUACGGCGGCAACGACGUGGACUUCCAGGACGCCAGCGAUGACGGCAGCGGCUCCGGCAGUGGGGGUGGCUGCCCAGAGGAUGUCUGCAGCCGAAGGGCCAGCAAGAAGAGCUCCAGCGCCCGGACGCCCUUGACGCACGCCCUCCCCGGCCUGUCGGAACGGGAGGGGCAGAAGACCUCCGCCGCCAGCCGCCCCCGGCCCCUGCUCCUGCUUCUCCCCUUGGCGCUGGUCCCCGCGGUGGCCGGGCCCUGGGGGCGGUAACCGUCCCUGGGCUCCGGGGACUAAGCCCACGGGAAACUGACUUGGCGCACCCACGGGACAGGAGAUAUUUAAUGGCCCUUGGCCCCCAGGGGCCCGGGGCGGGGGACGGUGGCUGUGUGUGCCGGCAGGGAGUGUGGGACCCUGGCUUCCCAGGUCUGCCUUGCCUGCCUCCCUGGCUUUUAGUUUUGUACGAGGUCCUCAGGUGUACUGGGAGCCAGUGUCCCCCAAAAGCCAUGUAUUUCAGGGACCUCGGGGGCUCCUCUGACUCUCCACCCCUCUCCCCAGCUCCUACGCCAUCGCAGACGCAGCGCCUCCGCACCCCACCGCACCCCACCGCCGGGGAGGGCGGGGCCGCCCGCAGCACCCCCGGUCGGGGCCUCGCGGGAGCGGGCCUUCCUCCUGCCUCUCCCCGAGGCUUCCUCCCAGCUCCGGGGGUGAGAACGCCAUGAGGCCCCCACAGCCCCGCCCCAGGAGCCGGCCAGGGCCGCCAGGCAGCCCUGCCGGGAGCUCAUGCAUGACCCCCCCUCCCCCGGGGCCCGGGAGCCGGCCCUCCCUCCCGUGCCGGCGCUCGGCUGGCAUGGCUCUGCCGAGGCCUGUGCCGCCCCGUCCCCCGUGGAGGGCGAGGCGGCCUCCGCAGGCAGAGCCGCCGCCGCCGGCAGGCUCGCACCUCGAGGGCCCCGGGCUGCACGAGGACGCGCGCCCGGGCGAGCUGACCCCCUCGUCCCCGCCCCACACGGAGGGGGUGCCCGUGCCAGGGCUCGGGGGGCCCAGGGCUGUCAUGUGGCCACGGGAAGUGGGAGUGGCUGGUUAAACUUCAGCUCAGGGCCAGAAAGACCUGGCAGUGCCUGUCCAGGGGUGCCUGGGCCCCCCCCCCCCGCCCCGGCUGCGCUGCAGGGGCUGGGCUAGCUUUGAUAGUCAAGGGCUUUUCCAGAAAUGCACAUUCACAGAUGCCUCGCCCACCCGUUCCCCAGACAGCGAUGGAGGGCGGGGCCCCGCUUGGACCCGGGCGUCCCGUGGCCCGGGAGCCUGUCCGGGCCCCUCGCCCCCGGACACAGCAGUGGGUGGGCACCGGGGAGGGCUGGCGUCCCGUGGAGGAGGAACUGCACGGACGGGAAGACCUGGUCUCAGGAACGCCUGCGAAGGCUGCUCGGCGCGUCUCCGUCACUGGACUCGAGAGCUCCGCGAGGGCGGCGACCCCGGCUCCGCCGGCUCUCAACCGGGCCACGUGGGGCCCGGGCUGGGACAGCCCUGCUGAGGCGAGCAAGGCGGGGGCCACGGCUGGGCCCGGGCCCUGCCUCCCGGAGGCCCUUGUCACUUGGUGCCAGCAGGUGACGUGUGGUGUUGGAGUCCUCGUAUGAAUAAAAGGCUGGAGACCCACGGGAGGGCCGGGCCUCCGUCGCUUCUCUGGCCGACAGGCUGC